UAGUGUCAGAGCAAUCUGAGUACAUGGAAUACAUUGUACAGACAGGCUCUUGGUUGUGUUGCAAGUUGCUUAGGCUUCCUCGCGGGCUGCCUGAUUGCUCCACUGAUUUUUUUCUUCCGAAAUAAGAGCAAAGGCGUAAAGUCGGUCUGGGCAACUUAGCCUGCUUGUGUGUGUACGGUCGAGGCGGGGCGUGCAGUCAAGUCUCAGUUGUUCAAUGAUUGGAAAGUUAGACUACACUUCGGAAGGCUUAUGUAGAGGGACUGGUUGUGUUAUAUCAGCGAAUAAUUUAGCUGUACUGCCAUAUUCUGAGAAAACUACUUCCAAAUCAAGAGGAGAUCCCGGCUAUCAACAUAACAGCUGCCGGAACACGAAAUAUCGCGGAGCUCCGUAAUACAACAAAGACUAGCAUCUCCUUCACUACAUCGUUUACGCUUAACAUUUGUGGAUAGUUUCGGAUUUUUUUUAGUUCUGCGCGUAUAUUCAAAGUUCAUGUAAGACCAGUGAUUUCAUAUCUUAUAAAGAACUGAAACAAGACAAUCCAUACAAAGGAAAAUACAGCACCGUACUGCAUGCGCUACAGUUAAAUACACUAACUGAAAGAAGCAAUGAGGUCAUUUUAAUGGAGUGAUCAGUUCAUUUGGGAAAAGCUCUGGAACUGUUCCUGUGUUUGGAAGAAGGAAUUUUUUGGAGAACUACUCUGAGAAAGCCCCUGGGUGUUUGACAGGUGCUCAAGUGGUGUGCCGGAGCAAGAGGAGGCUUUUAUUGCUGUGAAGUUGCUGGAGGACCAGGUGCCACCAGUUGAGGGUCAGGGAGUAUAGAAGCCAAAGCAAGCUUGGAUGCCAAGGACACUAUGGAGAGCCCGGCCCUGGAGUCCAAAGCAGAGCGGAUUGCCCGGUACAAGGCGGAAAGGAGGAGGGAGCUUGCAGAGCGCUAUGGCACCACAGAGGACCGCUCCUCCAAAUACACAAGGAGCGACAGGAGAGAGGCCUCAGAUACCGUUGCCAAGAGCCACCAGACGACGCCAACGCCUGAAGUCUCUGUCAAAGAUGAUACCCAAACAGAUGAUGCCGGCGACCGAACAAGCGGCCAUGCCGAGCAGAGGGCCUCAGGCACCACACAGAAGGCAGGAGACAGAGGGGGCGUCUGCUCGGAUGAUGCACUGCUGCCUACACGAGAGACAACCGUGGCGAAAGUCUCCAAUGGUGAUGAGGUGAACACAGCAGGGCCACCCUCCUCAAAGAGCUCGGUGGAAACUGAGGAAGGGCAGAAGCCAAAAGCUGAUGUGAAAACAGAUGACAGAGCCAAGCUGAGCGUUGCUGCCAAGAUGUCUCUGUUUAAAGAGCUGGAGAAGACAUCUGUCUUGAAGCCCCGCCCAGAAGGUGGGGCUCAUGAACGUCGGGCACGACGUGCCACUGAGCAGCGGGCUCUCACACAGCCAAUCACCAGCGAGGAAAUGGUGGUGGCAGUGAGCCUCCCCAAGGUGUCCGUGUCAGACGAGGUCCAGUCCGGGUGGGAAGUGGGGAGGUCCAUAGGGAGAGGCGAAGGCUCAAAAGGUACCCUCAGCGAGAAGAUGGCCCUCUUCAACAAGAUAUCCCAGCUGGACAGCAAGGCAGAGCCGGUGGUGGAGGCUGCAGACAAGCGCAGACAGAAAGGGGGACGCUACCGCACACAGCCUAUCACUGUGGACGAGGUCGAGCUGGUCCAGACUGAUCUGACCCAGCUACCCCCACUGCAGCUGUCUGACCGCCAGCAGGCCCAGUCCUCCAGCCUGAAGCCCUCCGAGAUGCGGCAGCUCCCGGAGGAGCAGCAGACCCCCCGGCGCCCCCUGCAGCGCCAGGAUUCCGAGCCCCGAGAGGUCAGGAGCAUCCUGAAGAAGAGCCGCUCCACUAGCGUGGAGAGCGACUCUGGGGGUGCAGGGAGCUCUGCACAGCACUCCCCUGGGGAGACGCCCCUGGACAUGCUGCGGAGAGGUCAGAAUGAGGAGGAGGAGGAGCUGGAAAGGGAGGGAGAUGAGGAAGAGGAGGAGGAGGAGGAGGAAGAGGAGGAGGAGCAGGAGGAGGCAGACGCAGCACACCUGGAGAGCUCCCAGGGGUCCGCAAGUGAUGACAGUCCCCCUCCCUCUGACCGCUGGAGUCUGAGGGACAGGAGCAGUUCCUCCAGCUCCAGAGAAGAGGCCUCUACCAAGGCCCCGGGCCGUGCACCCUCCCCCGAUGAGACCUACCGCCUGGAGAAGACCUCCUCUUUGUCUGAGGAGGGCGAUGAGUUGGACAGCAGUCUGGAUGGUAGCUUGGCCUCCUCCCUGAAAGACAGGCUGUCUGAUAUGGUCAGCAGCGAAGAUGACUGGAGGGGUAAGCUGAAGAAGAGCAAGCCCAGCGAGGUGGUUCACACGUCCCUGGCUGACCGCUGCAACCAGCUGCAGGACGCAGAGAAUGCCUGGAGGAAGAAGAAGUCCCAGGCGGAUGUGGAGACGAAGAUGUCGUUGGCGGAGCGUAUGCGGAUCCUGCAGGAGAAGGAGGAGCAGUGGAAGACCAAGGGGAAGGGCGCCUCCAACGACUCCACGCAGUUCACUGUCGCCGGGCGCAUGGCCAAGAGAGGCUUGGUGGCUCCCGCGUCAGGCAGAGAAGAGCUCCCUGUCUUCCACAGCAAGAAAUCCAACACGGGAACUCCAGUCAAGCCUCUGGAAGAGAUCUCUGCCCGCACUGACGUCGAAGUUGAGGGGGACAAGAGGCUGGACAAGCUGGAGUCCUUCUUGGGCAAGCUGCAUAACAAAGCAUCCGGCCACCGGGAGACCUCCAUCAAAGUGACGGCGGAGACGGUGAAGGAGGUGAUGACGCUGGAUGAUGAGGAGACAUUCGGACGCUUCUACAAGACCAUUUCCCCCUCCGCCCUCAGCUCCAGCAGCCCUGCUGUCAUUGAACAGGACUUCAGCAACAUCCAGUCCAACACACCCAAGCUGACGUCCGCUGUGGCUGAGCACAAGCGGGCGGUGCGUCCGGCCCGGAAGACGCAGGCCUCCCGGAACCCCCUGCGGGCCUUGGCAGCGCGGGACGACAUCCGGCAGGAGUACACAGAGCAGCGGCUCAACGUGGCUACCGUGGAAACCAAGAGGAUCCAAGUGGAGAGGAUGGCCAAACAUUCCAACCUGGCCGACGCUGCACUGGCGGGGCUGGCCAGCAAGGAGAACUUCCGCAAAGUCCAUCUGCGCAAUGUGAAGUCCACCGAGGUGGUGACCAACAACAGCGCCGUGCCCUUCAACAAGCUCAUGCUCAUCCAAAUCAAAGGUCGGAGGCACGUCCAGGUGCGUCUGGUGGAGCCGACGGCUCGGUCGCUAAACAGCGGGGACUGCUUCCUGCUUAUUACACCCAAACACUGCUACCUGUGGAGCGGGGAGUUUGCCAACGUCAUCGAGAAAGCCAAGGCCUCGGAGAUGGCAUCCUAUGUGCAGGCCAAGCGUGACCUGGGCUGCAAGGCUCCGCAGGUCACCAUCCUGGAAGAGGGAAUCAACACUGAUAGCAGCCGCGCCAAAGAGUUCUGGAACUUGCUGGGGGGCAAGACGGACUACAAGGGAGCUGGGGAUCCAGAGGAGGAUGAACUCUAUGAGAGUGGAGUGGUGGAGUCUAACUGUAUAUACCGCUUGGUGGAGGACCGGCUGGUUCCCCAUGAUGAGGCCUGGGCUUCCAUCCCCAGUGUGUCCAUGCUCAACUCUAAAGAGGUGCUGGUGUUUGACUUUGGCAGCGAGGUGUAUGUGUGGCAUGGGAAAGACGUGCCCUUGAAAGACAGGAAGGUGGCAGUGCAGCUGGGCAAGCAGUUGUGGGGCGGGUCUUACGACUACAGCAACUGCCGAGUCAAUCCGCUGGAUCCCUUGGGCAGCAAUUCAGAGAUCCAGCCGCAGGGCGAGGGGCGGCCCAGCUGGGCCCUGUUCGGGAGGCUGUCGGAGCACAAUGAGACGGCGCUUUUCCGGGAGAAAUUCCUGGACUGGGCUGAGAGGAGCAGCACCAAGGAGGAGAGCACAGCGGAGGAGGUUAAGAGUCCCGUGCACGCCACGCCCCACGAGUCAGAGCUGCGGCCCUGCGACGCCAAGGCCCUGCUGGCAGGAGGGGGCGGGGCGGUGCGCACCAUGCUGGAGGGCGUGGACGUGCAGCGGGGGCACGGUCUGGUGCGCUCGGAGGACGGCCGCCAGGCGGAGCUGGCCACCGUCGCCGUGGACGUCUGGCACAUCCGCGAGUUCGAUGACUAUGAGAUACCGAAGGAGAGCUUCGGCCAGAUGCAUGAAGGGGACACCUACGUCAUCCGCUGGAAGUACUCGGUCACCAGUGUGGUGGGGAAGAGACAGAAGCCUGGGGAAGUGAGCAGCGGGGGUCCAGGGCGUGAGCGCUGUGCCUGCUUCUUCUGGCAGGGCCAACACUCCAGUGUCAGUGGUAAAGGCACCUCAGCACUCAUGACUGUGGAGCUAGGUAGCCACAGGGGGGCGCAGGUGUUGGUCUCUCAGGGGAAGGAGCUGCCCUGCUUCCUGCAGCUCUUUCAGGGAGGCCUGGUCAUCCACAAGGGCAGCAGGGAGGACAGUGCCACCAACACAGGGGGUUGGCGUCUGUUCUGCGUGCGGGGCGAGGUGGCAGUCGAGGGCUCGCUGGUGGAGGUGGCAUGCUGCUGUGCGAGCCUGCGCUCCCGCGCCUCCCUGGUUCUGCUCAACGCCCAGCAGGAGGCGCUCUUCCUGUGGCACGGCUGCAAGUCUCACGUCAGUGCGCGGGAGGUGGGCAAGAAGACAGUGGAGCGCCUGACGCAGACGUGUCCCCCUGAGCUUGGGCUGAACAGUAAUAGCAAUGUGAGAGUGCAAGAGGUAGAGGAGGGGGCGGAGCCAGUGGAGUUUUGGAACGCUCUGGGGCAGCAGGACAGGAAGGCCUAUGACUGCAUGCUGCAAGACCCGGGCAAGUACAACUUCACCCCACGGCUGUUCCACCUGAGUGCCUCCUCGGGGGUCUUUGAGGGGGAGGAGCAGCUGAGUCCCGCCCGCGUCACGGGCGCCGUCAUGGCCAUGCCCUUCCUGCAGGAGAACCUGUACUCUGUGCCCCAGCCAGCCCUCUUCUUGCUGGAUAACCGGAUGGAGGUGUACUUGUGGCAGGGCUGGCAGCCCGAGGACACAGAGUGCACCGGCUCCGCCAAGAUCCGCUGGGACAACGAGAGGAAAUGUGCCAUGGAAACGGUGCUUCAGUACUGCAAAGAGAAGAACACGAGGCGCCCUCCGCAGGCCUACCUGACCCUUGCAGGUGCUGAGCCCCUCACCUUCACCAACAUCUUCCCCUACUGGGAGAAAGACCCCAACAUCAAGCUGCAGGAAGAGGCGGUGCGGAGCAAGGUGAUGCUGGUCCAGGAUGCUCUGUCCAGGCUCACUAAGACCCACUACUCUGUGGAGGAACUGAUGGCCAAGCCCCUCCCUGAGGGGGUGGAUCCUCUGCACCUGGAGGUCUACCUCUCUGACCAGGACUUCCAGAGGGUUUUGGAGAUGAAGAGAGAGGAGUUCAACUCCCUUCCAAACUGGAAACAAAUCAACCUGAAAAAAAGUAAAGGACUGUUUUGAAAACAAGGUGAAAAAAUGUAAUGUAUUCUUCUAUGCUACAUCUGUAAACAGCAAAAAAAGAAAAAAAAAUACUCUGCACUUUUUUGUAUUUCUUUUUAAGAAAAGCAGAUUUUCUUGAGUGACGGCUCAAAUGUACAGUUCUUACCUCACAGCUGUGUCUGUUUUUAAAGGGUUACCUAUUUGUCUGUCUGUCUGAAGAUGGUCGGGUUAGAGACUGAUUUUAGAGACUAUUCUGCCAUUUAUUUCAGCCAAAUGUAAAUCUGUCUUUGGGUGAAAAGGACUGCCUGCGCCUUCAAAGAGAGGGGCUUAAUUUUUCCAAAUAUAUCAAACUAUAUACAAGUUAAAGACAAAGCCUGAAAUAUAAAUAUGUAUCAUAAAUAUAUAUUGUUUUUCUUUGGUAUUAACUUUCUGUAAAAUGUAACAAAGGUGCAAACACUAAACUGAAACAGUAAUUUCAGAGAGUGAGUGUAUAUACAGUACUGUGCGGUCACAGGCUUCUGGUAGGAAUGUUUUCAGGGUUGCACCCUGGUCUUCCUUCCUCAUUACCCAUGAUCUAAGGAAAUGCCUGAGCGAUGAGCUGCCUUCAA